AUGACAAACACUCCGUUGUUAGGAGCUUUAAUUGGAAAAGACGAGCACGGAAUUGUCCGGAAAGGUAUGGCCGCGAGACUGCGUGCGCGUGGUCAGCCGCGACCUACCCAGGUGGCCGUUAAAACAGUACGGAAUCCAACCGACCCGGAGCAGAACCGGCAGAUCAUUAAAGAACUGCAGGUUUUGACGCAGGCCGGGCGACAUCUCAAUAUAACCAACCUCCUCGGCGCUGUAUUCAAACUGCGAGCCGACAACGAGGCGGAUCAUGCUAACCACCAGCAGCAGAUCACGUACCAUGAGACAUCGGCGGCCAUACAGGACGCGGACGUGGAUCCAGAUGUACUGUCGACGCGCGAAUUGAUUAGCUUCGCCUUCCAGAUCAGUCGGGGCAUGGCUUACCUAAGCAGUCGCCUCAUCAUUCACCGUGAUCUGGCCGCGCGCACCAUUUUGGUCUGUCACGACGGAGUGGUUAAGAUCGCCGACUUCGGAAUGGCGCGGCGGCUUUCGGAGUAUGUCCUUCUGGAUGAGCGG